UCCACUGCUCCUCAUACAUGCAUUGAUCAGCAUUUGCCAUCCUAGUUCUUUUUCCUUCAGCUAAUCGGCAGGCCUAUCUAUCUCCUUUAUCUGUUUUAUUUGCACCGCUGAAGCAGGUUUAAGUCCUAGGUAAAUGUCCCUUAUAGGGAGCUUUAUGCGUCUCAGAGCAUAACAUGGCGACACCUACGAAUGACUCGAACGGGCGGACUCCGACAGGUUCAAAUGGACCACCACUUAUGAGAAUUCGCCGCCCCAAAGCAGCAGAUCCUUUAGUAAGACCGAAAAGAAGACCUGCUGUCAAGCCAGCUGUUCCUGUGUCGGGAAAUGGACCAGCCUCGAAAGCGGUUGCUUCGCGGCCAGUCACCUCUGACCCAUUAUCUGCACCUCACACCGAAAGAGGGAAGCCGGCGUCUGACUUUUCUGCAAAUGGGUUUAGCGGGCCCUUGUUAUCGGAGACAUAUAUGGACUAUCCCCUAGUGACGACAAAGCGCGCAUUGCGGGAGGGCCUGAAACAUCACAUCGCUAGAUUCGCAUCAAAGAAGACCAUCGACCCCCGUGAUGAAUCUCAGUUCACCAGACCUGUCAGGCUUCAACGUCGCGAUCCUCGGGCCCGACCACAUGAAAUGUCCUCUGAAAAGGGCCAGGGUAUGCAAAAAACCGCAUCCGAGUCUAGUCAUCAGAUGGAUGAGGUUGAACGUGAGGAAUUAGAGGCGAGAAAAGCGGCGCGUGAGAAGGAACGUGCAGAAAAUAUGGCCCAGAUAGCUCCCUCUAUUGGGUCCGCCCCGAAGAGAGCGAACGUGCCCAAGCAAAAGACCCAGCAGGUGUCCAAAACAGAUAUGACGCCUGAGGAAAUGGCGAAGACGCGAAUAAAGUACGAAGAAGCUUUGCCGUGGCAUCUAGAGGAUUUUGACAACAAAAACAUCUGGGUUGGGAAUUAUGAAGCUGCUUUGUCCGAAACACACGCGGUAUUCGUUCUUGAAACUACGGGGAAAAUGAGGAUGAUCCCUGUAGAGAAGUGGUAUAGAUUCAGCGCCAAAAACCAGUUCAAAGCUUUGACUAUUGAAGAGGCGGAGAAAUUCAUGGCAAAGAAAGUUAAAGAUCCGCGGUGGUUUAUGGAAAAGCAGCAAGAAUUAGCCCAACGAAAGGAAUUGGAGCAGUUUGCUAAACAACGGAAGGUUUAUGCUGGUAAACAAGGAACUCCGUCUGGAGUUGAGGGGCUGGAAGCCGAUGAAAUGGACUUCGAAGAAGAUCGAUUUGCCGACGAUGAAGAGCACGAUGAACUUUUCAACGAAGACGAGGAAGCAAAAGCAGCCGAGAAGAGAAUAAAGCAAGAUCAAUUGAAAGCCAACGUCUUCGAUUUGAAACGCGAGAGGGACUAUGAGGAAGAGGAAUUGAGAGAAAAGAAGGAAAAAGAGGCUCGCCGGGUGCUCGGUAAAAAGGUCCGAAAAGCACUGCAGAAGCGAGAGAAGAACUAUGACUAUAGCAGUGGUUCUGACGUUAACCCUUAUUCAGACGAUGAGAGCUCUGAUGAUAGCGAAGCUGAAAGGUUGAAGGAAGAAGAACGGAAAGCCGAAGAGGAAAAGAAUAAGAAAGACACAACGACAUCAUCUAAGGGCAACAAUACGCCUUCUGGCCGGCCAAAGCACACUGAUCCCCUUAAAAAAGGCACGGCAACCGGCCCACGGAAACGGCUGGGGUCUCCUAAUGUAUCGGAUGCGAGUGGGACAGAUACUUCUCGCAAAAAGGGCAAAAGCAAGCACCCAUCGACUCAGCCCACACCUCAGCCGAGCUCGCGCAAUAUGUCUCCAGCAGCAGCAUUGCCAAUGCCACUUGGCAAGAAACGUGUUCGAAAUGUACCUCCUGGUGGUGCAGGUUCCUGUAGCGAUGCCGAUGGCGGCGCAGGUUCCGGCGGAGAGAUGAGCGAAGGUGGUAAGACUAAAAAGCUCAAGCUUAAUCCCCCUUCAGCGGCCUCUCAAAGUGGGACUCCGCAGGGAUCUAGGGCAGGAAGCCCUACGCCCCUGGCUGGGAGAAGCUUCUCGGGAAGUCGUGCCAGCAGCCCCGAGUCAUUCAGAGGGCAAACUCGUGUUUCCACCCCUGGACCUACUGGAAGUCAAAGCUUUCCUACGCCCGCGGAGAUCCAUGCGGCUAUCCCUUCGUCGGGCAUACUUAGUAGUGACUUGCUCAGAAUAUUCCGCCCUCGUAUUGGUGAGUCCAAGGAGAAUCAUCGGAGAUUUAUCGCGAUUGUCAAAGAUGUUGGAGUUUAUGGGAAAGAAGAUCGGUUAUUGAGACCCGGUACGCUGAAAGAGAACUGAUUGGUGGGAUAGUUUGGGAACGUUUGAGUAUAGGCUUGUCUCUAUUUCUAAUACAGAGCAGCUUGCUGAAAGUGAACCAUUACGCUACUGUAAGCACAGCGUUUGGUCAUAUGUUCAUGGUAAUAGAAUAUUUAUUGAGGCCUUGCUAUGAAUAGAUUGAACAGGACUUCGGCAGAACAGUAGAAUUGGAGAUAGACAUCUAAACACCCAACGCUAAGCAGAAAUAUCUUUAGAAGAGAGAAAG